AUGGCUAAUAGGAUUAGUACAUCCUAUGGGGACAGGAUUGCCCUUUCAGUGGGCUGCAUACCGGAGCCGUUGAAGUGCGAAGAAAACUGGGCUGGUCUCACUGACCCGAUGCGUCGGCGAAAAUUGCAGAAUCGAUUGAACCAGAGAAUCUAUCGUCGACGAAGACGAGCAAAACCUCCUGCAGACACUCCUGAAUCAAACAUAGUUCCCACCGCAUCGGAGCGAUCACGGAGCCCUACAGCCACGGAAAAUCAAUGUGAAGACGAUGAGCAGGGACUCAUGAACGCGCCCGCAAGCAGCGAGAGAAGAGAAACAGAUAUCUUUCCAUCUGAAUUGAGUAUUCGAAAGCCAAGAUCAAUACACGAAAUGAAUCGGGCGGAGAUCUUACAGAUCAUGGCGCAAUACGAGGCUUCGGCGCGUAAAGACUACUCACUGGGUUCUCCAAGAGUCGAUCAACUCUUGACUCUGAUCCAGUUCAAUGUGUUUCGAGCGCUUGUGGAGAACACCUCUGUGCUAAGAUUCACUAUGGACUGGCUAGAUGAAGAAACCAUUUCCCCGUGGUAUGCUGGUGUAUCUGAAACUCGAAUCAGUUUCUGCCCAGCGAGUCUCCGUCCUACUUCGUUGCAAGAGGAGAUUGCCCACCACCCGUGGAUAGACCUUUUCCCAAUUCCUCAAAUGAGGGACAAUCUAUUACAGAGAUAUGGCGACUUCGAUGAAACUGAUCUUUGCAAUGACCUUGUUGAUUUCUAUGAUGUUUCAAACGAUGAGACUGGUUUGAUUGUGUGGAGAAAACCAUGGCAUCCGUCAGGAUGGGAGGUUAGUGAGGCUUUCUUGCGUAAAUGGAACUGGGUUGUCAAGGGAUGCGAUGACCUUGCCAAAUCCACCAACUAUUGGCGUGGAAUACGCGGAGAAGAACCUUUGGUGUUCGAUAUUUGA